CAUUGACGAUGGUAUUUCCACCGGUCUUCAUUCACUCGAGUGCACUCCCACCCCCCUCGAAUUGCCUAGCAUAAUAAGGGAAUAGUAUAGUUUUAUCAGAAUAGUUCGUUGCUGGCCUAGGUCUAGUGCGCUGUGGAAAAUGGAGCGUCGAAGUGUGUCAGACCUUCAAGAGCAUUUUCAGAAUAUCCUGCGAAUUGCCGAGAAGGAUCCAAAAUUGUUGAUAAAUCAUGCGGAAGAGACUGAAGGAACCAAGCUCGGUGAUAACUACAUGUCUGUAGUCAUGAAGACGAGAGUAACCGGGGAAAGAGGAAAUGGUGAAAUCUACAGCGGAUCCUUCAUGACAAAACAUUAUCCACGUCAUCGGGCUAUAGCCGAGUUCAUGAGAAAUGCCGAUCUGUUCAGCAACGAAGCUCACAUGUACAACCGUGUGCUGCCACAAAUCCCAGACAUCGCACCCAAAUGUGUAUUCGCUGAUCAGGAGGAGAUCGUUAUGGUCGAUCUGAAGAAUGAAGGGUACGUGGUGAUGCCAAGACUGGAGUUAUUGGAUCUUGAGCAUUGCAAAGCAUUUUUAAAGACACUAGCUAAAUUUCACGCUCGAUCGUACGCCCUGAAGCGACGAGACCCGAAGAAAUUCCAGGAUUUGAUGUCUGCAACAACCGAGGCAGUAUUUCCUCAAGAUGAUGGACACUGCGUGGGUGCUUCUCUAGACAUGAGCAUCACUACAGGUAUAGCUCACCUGAAAUCUCUUGACGACGCCAAUGAGGAGCUAGAAUCGGCGAUCGACAUAAUGGAGAGGUACGUAGGUAAUGCCGUCAAGAUGAUGAAAGAGCAGGUGGUCCAUCGAAAUGAAAAAUACGAUGUACUGAGCCAUGGAGACGUCUGGAACAACAACAUCCUCUUCAAACAUGAUGCGGACGGUCGUGUGGUCGAUGUCAAGCUGAUUGACUUUCAAAUUCCACGCCACGCCUCGGCAGCGAUUGACUUCCACUACUUCAUGUACUCCAGUGCAAAAUCCAUUGUCAUCGAGGAGAACUACGAGGAGCUAAUUGAGUCAUAUCAUUCGGCGUUGAUUGAUGAGCUGCGGCAAUCCAAUAUUCCGGAGGAAGAUGUGAAGGAAAUGUCACUCGAUUGGUUCCAGGAUGAACUCCAGAAGCACCACUUGUACGGACUGAUGACGAGUUUUUGGCUCGUCCAUGCUGUACUGUCUGAUGAAACAGAAGCAAUCAAUAUGGACGACUUUACCGCCGACUUCAUGGAGGAGGUUGGGAAGAUUGAACCGGUCAUCAGCCGAAAGAAAGCCGAGAGAAUCAGGACCAUCGUUCUCCAUUGGCUCAGGAAGUAUCAAGCAAGGGAUUCAAAACUCAAUAAGCAAACGAAAAAAAUCUGAAAUUCAAUAAUUUUCUUUGGAAAGUCGGAACACUUUUGAAGAAAACUUUGGUCAAAAAUGAUUUCUUCGGUUUGAGAAUACGAUGCUAUAACACAGUAGUUGGCCCUGAUAUAAAAAUGAAUAAGACUUCAUUUUAUAAGAGGAAUCUGCAGCAGCCACAAAAUUUUGAAAAUUGUGCUCCAACUUUCAGAAAGAUCGCUUUUGAUUUUGUUAUUUGUCUAACUCUUCUGUGAUUCGUUGGAGUUUAUAGGAAUAUGAAAGUCGAAAAUUAUUACAAAA